CUUUUCCGUCAUUCCUUUGCCGCGGAGAGAUUUUUUAAGAUAGCGUCGUGCGGCUGUAGCUAAUAUUAUAAUCGGCGAAUAUAUUUACCGAUUGACGGCGUUGUUUUUAUGAAAAUGGGCAAGAAAGUAAGAGAAUACAAGUCUGGCGACUUUAUAUUCGCCAAAGUCAAAGGAUACCCAGCAUGGCCGGCUCGAGUACAAAAACAGAAUGGCAAGAAGUAUUUUGUAUACUUCUAUGGCACUGGGGAGACAGCCAACCUGCCUCCGAACAUGAUCUUCGACUACGCUGAGAACAAAGACAAGUUUCUCAACAAGUCGGUGAAACGCAAGGACUUCAACGACGGUGUCAAGCAGAUCGAGCACGACUUCGCUAAUAAUGUUCCUUUGGAGCAGGUCAUUGGGGCUUUGGCUGAGGCCGAGCCAGCUGCCGCCGACGACUCCAUGAACGAGACUGCCAACGAGACGGCAGACUCCGCCAUUGACACUACCGCCGCCGACGAGACUAUGGAUGAGACUGCGAACGACGGCCCUGUGGAGGAUUCUGACGACGCUGGGGCGUUGGUCAUUGACGAAGGAAAGGCAAAAGGCCGAAAAUCCACCGCCAAGCCAGCGGCAACGCCCAAAGCUAAAGAGCCGAAGACCCCGCGCGGCCGCCCCAAGAAAGAGGAAAAAGAUGCCAAAGAGGAAGAUGAGGACAAGAAGGAUGAGGAAAUCGUCAGCAGGAGCGGCAGGAAGAUCAAACCUGGCAAGAGGUACAUGGAUGAACAUACAGAAGAAAACGCCACCCUGCCUUCCCCAGCGCCUAAGAAACGCCGCGGGGCAUCGCCUAGCGCAGAAAAAGAAAAGGAGGUUAAGGAAAAACCGCAAGACAGGAAUAUUAAGGCGUACAACACUGUGCAACAGUCGGAACUACGAGAGUUGAAAGAGCCCUUCAAAAGUGUGGACCCCGAGAAGGAAAAUAUCCUGAUCACCUACCUUCCCUCCGGGCAGUACUGCGGAGUAAAGUUAUUCCAGUCCAGACCGGCCAGCUUUAAGAGCGAAGCCUCCAGGCUGCAGUGGGACAAGCAAGCAGCAUCAAAUGCCAUCACACUCAAGAAACAGCUUGAAAAGGGUCAAAUCACACCGCAGUCGAUAUCGGCGCAGCUUGUCAUGGAUCUGAACCUGACCGACGAUGAGCGACAAUCACUGGACAGAGAUAGAGAUCUGGAGGUAAAGAAAUCUCGCCUGCAUUUCUUGAAGACUGAGAUGAAACUGAUCGAGUUAGACGCCAAAAUCAAGACCUGCCUCAGCUUGGAAAAGGCCGACACCGAACUCUGUCUCAAGCUUAUUGAUGAGAUCCUGGAAUUAGAUCUCGCCGCCCUAAUGCUGCUCAAACACCCAACUUGUAUGGAGACAGUGAAGCGCAUGCGAGUGUACGUAGGAAACGCUCCGUCUUGGGAAAUGAGCGAAGCAGAAGCACUUACUUUUAGCAAGCAAGCGCACCGCAUUCGGAAGAAGGCUGACGCGCUGUUCAUCACUAUGAGGGACUUAUUCCACGUACCAGAGGGUCUUUCAUUCUGGGAGCUCUUCAACGAGCGAGUGGCGCAGUUCAAAGCAGCCACCGAGAACCUACACGCGGACAAACUGUUGGAGAUGGUCAACGAACCUAUCGAGCUGUCCCAGCCCAUCGCCCACACUAUGAAGGCCGCCGUGGACGCGGCCAACGAACAAGAGGCUGCGGAGUCAGAUGACGCUGACAAGAAGAAGAAAGCUACUCCUGCUAAAGGCAAGAAGGCCAACAGCACUCCAGCGAAACAACCUCUCAAGCGAGGACGGAAACCGGCACAAGAAGAUAAAGAGAAGGAGACAGAAAAAGAACCAACAGAAGAUAAAGCAGAAGAACCAGACGCAAACAAACCAAAUGAGAAUGAUAAAACAGACGAAACAGAAGCGCCGAAGGAAAACAAUGAAAAUGACGCGGAAAAGGCAAUCGAAAAUGAUAAAGACGAUGCUGCCGAUAAAGAAGUAGAACAAGUCAAUGAAAACUCUGAGAAAAAUCACGAAGAUUCCGAAGAAAAAGGUGAAGGCGAUAGUGAAAAGACAAAAGACGAUGCAAAAGAUAAAGAAACUAAUGAUGAAAGUAAAACAAAUGAUAAAGACAAUGAUGAUAAAAUAGAAAAUGACAAAGACGAAGAUGGUAAAAAAUCGAAGGAUGAUAAGAAUAGUGAUAAGUCUAAAGAGAACGGUAAGAAUAAGGAGAAACCUAAGGAAGACGCUAAGAAUGGGAACGGGAAAGCUAAGGCGGCGGAUAAAAGGAAAGAUAAGAGUGAGAAGGAACAGUCGGUGGAGAAAGAGAAGGUAGAUGGUGAUGAGCCUCGGGCCAAGCGAUCGAGAGAGAGCAAGAAGACUGAGCCGCCACCGCCACGGUCGCCGGCUAAAAGGAAGUCCCGGUCCUAAGCCGUCUACUCAAUGACUAUUUACUCCACUGACACUUCUCGCCACUAUGUUGGCCACUUGACGCACCGUCUGCACAAACACUGAUAUGACUGAUGACAUUUUUUUUUUUAAUACUACGUCGGUGGCAAACAAGCGAACGGCCCGCCUGAUGGAAAGCGGUCACCGUAACCUAUGGACGCCUGCAACUCAAAGAGUGUCACAUGCGCGUUGCCACCC